AUGCCCGACUUUGACCAGAAGAAGGCGUACUCGGAGCAAGAGGACGUCUUUUUUGACGAUGGACGGGAAAUUGAGCUGCUGCACUUUGUCCACAGCAGACCGAACAUCGAGGAGAUCCGCGGCUCGCCGUCGCGCGUCCUCGAGGCAAUCGACGAGUAUGGGCGGACGAAGAGGUAUCUCAUGAACGUCGGCGAAGACAAGGGCAAGAUCGUAUCAGACCUCAUCGCAGAAGUCAGGCCAGAGACCAUGGUUGAGCUAGGAGGCUACAUCGGCUACUCGUGCAUUCUCUUCGGCGACGCCGUCCGCAAGGCCGGCGGCAAGCGUUUCUUCAGUCUGGAGCGAAACCCAGAGUUCGCGGCAGUAAUCAUGUCGCUCGUCGACCUGGCCGGUCUCAGCGAUGUUGUUAAGGUCAUUGUGGGCCCCAGCGAUGUCUCCAUCAAGAGGCUGUACAGCAAUGGCAUGCUUAAGCACAUUGAUCUGAUGUUCUUGGACCACUACAAGCCCGCUUAUACCACCGACCUGAAGCUGUGCGAGCAUCUUGGACUCAUCACCCCCGGUUCGGUGCUGGCAGCCGACAAUGUGAUCAAGCCCGGCAAUCCGCCCUACCUGGAGUACGUCAGGAGCAGCGUCAAAGAGAAGCGGGCGGCUAUGGAGGCUGCGGCGAACGCUGAUGGGGACGGUGUGGAUGCGCGGUUCGCGGACAAGACUUCGAAACAGUAUGCUAAGCGCGAGGGCGAGGCUAAGCUUGACACGACUGUCCGAGGCAACCCGAACCUGGUCUACGAGAGCAAGCUUGUUAACAGCUACGAGCCCACUGGUGUCCCGGACGGCGUUGAGAUAACUAGGUGCGUGGGCGAGGAGAAGUAG